AUGCUCAACAAGUAUAUUCAAGAAGGAGAUAAUGCGGAUUUGACCAAGGAACGCAAAAAUGCCACAUUUGACACGGAAAUCAUGGCAACUGAAAUUCGAGGAUCUGCCGAGCGUCUUCGUCGUGAUCGGAGUAUUCGAGACGAAAUCUCAAAACGAUCUGACCUUUUCCAAGUAAUUCCUCCUGCACAUCGAACCCGAAUCGAGCGUCUCGAAGAUUGCAGUAGAUUGAUCAGCAACAUGAUGAACACAAUUCAUGACUUUGCUGAUGUCACCGACAAGUAUGACAUGAUUCAAGUGCUCAGAGUAAUUAUUGGAGUAGAAGGCUUUCCUCUGGCACUUCACAAUCUCAUGUUCAUCCCGACUAUUCAGAAUCAAGCGGAUGAUGAACAGACUGAAUGGUGGCUGUGGAACGCGAUUCAAGGGAAAAUGGUGGGCACUUAUGCUCAGACCGAGCUUGGACAUGGGACAAACUUGGGAGCAAUCGAAACUACAUCCACUUUUGAUCGUGAGACAGAUGAGUUUGUCCUUCAUACUCCAACAACUACGGCAUUGAAAUGGUGGCCCGGAGGACUUGGAACAAGUUGCACACAUGUCAUUCUUGUCGCAAAUCUAAUUAUAGAUAACAAGAACUAUGGUCCCCACCCUUUCUUGGUACCAAUUAGAGAUCCAAAAACAUACGAUCCACUGCCACGAAUCCGAGUUGGAGACAUUGGCACUAAACUAGGUGUUAACAAUGUAGAUAAUGGAUACCUAGGAUUGGAUCAUUACCGGAUUCCACGAAGAUUCAUGCUCAUGAAACACAGUAAAGUAUCUCGCGAAGGAGUUUACAGUGCUCCAGUACACCCAAAGGUCGCCUAUACGACCAUGCUCUAUGUCAGAUCCGAAAUGAUCACCCAUCAAGCAAACUAUUUAAUGAUCGCUAUGAACAUUGCCAUCCGCUAUUCGGCGGUCCGCCGCCAAGGAGAAAUUAAGCCCGGGACUCAGGAAGUCCAGAUUUUGGAUUACCAGACACAACAGUACCGUCUGUUCCCAGGUCUUGCGAGAUGUUUUGUUUUCACCACAGCUGCAAGUACCGUGCGAUCCUUGACCGAGGGAUGCCUUGAGAGUUUGGCGCAAGGAAAUUCGGAUAUUCUCGCAGAUCUUCAUAAUUUGUCGUGUGGACUGAAGGCUGUAGUUACCCAGCAGGCUUCUGAAUCAAUUGAUCAAGCAAGACAAGCAUGCGGUGGACAUGGAUAUUCGGAUGCAAGCUAUCUGCCGACACUCUUCGCUUGCGCUGUUGGUGCUUGUACGUAUGAAGGAGAAAACAUUGUUCUGCUACUUCAAUUGGCGAAAUAUCUAAUGAAAGUGAUAGUGAAGCCGAAAGAACAAUUGGGACCACUUACAUCAUACCUGGCUGAUGAAAAUACAGCAUCAAGAAUACAAGCUGAUUCAAAAUACGUGAAAUUAAUUGCUCACUUUGAACACAUUGCGAGAAGACGGAUCAGGAAUGCCUACGAUCUGAUGAAGACCGAUUAUUCCAACGGAAUCGACAAAGAUUAUGCCUUCUACAACCAUUCAGUGGACAUGACAAAGGCCGCGAGAGCUCAUACUAAACUCUUCAUUGCUACUGGUUUUGUGAAAAGAUGCCAACAGGUUACCGAGCCUGCCGUCCGCCAGGUGUACGACGAUCUAUUGGACUUGUACUUGUCCUAUGAGCUGGUUGAAAUGUCACAGGAUCUUCUAUUCGAUGGAUAUCUGUCUACUCACGACGUCAGCAGCAUACGAAAUCUGUUUUAUGACAGUAUGAAACGAAUCAGAGUAAAUGCUGUUUCAAUCGUUGACUCUUUUGAUUUCAGCGAUGGAGAAUUAAGAUCAGUAUUGGGUAGAAGGGAUGGCCACGUUUAUGAAAACUUGAUUAAAUGGGCAGAGAUGAGUCCACUAAAUCGAAAAGGUCUCCCACAUGUUGAGAAAUACUUGAAGCCAGUCACCAGUAAGCUCUAA